CGCCGGCCGCCGUACGCAGGCACAGCGGCGGAGAUGUAUGCGGACCAGAUCUCCACCGGCCGCAAGCCCUCCGUGCACGAGCGCCUCGACGCCGACCGCCCCUCCGGCCGCGGCGGCGCCGACCCUGCGCUCCGGGCCCGUCAGGCGGUCUUCAAGAGGCAGCGACAAACUGAUGAUAAAUGGAAGCAUGAUCUUUACCGGGAAGAUAAUGGAUCGGCUUCAAGAUCAGCUGAUCCACGGGAUUUGCGAUUCAAGCUUCAGAGGAAAAACUCUCAGCAAGGGUCUGCCGGUCAAAAGGUUUCAGGUGUACGUGAUCUACGUGAGAAGCUAUCUGGAACAAUGCACCCACAACCAUCAAAUGCUGACCCUCGAAAGGUAAAACCUGUAUCGGAGAUUGUGAAAGUCACAAGGCGUGAAAAUGCUGAUGAAAGGCCUGUACGCCAAAGUAAGAAAGUAGCAAAACCGUCAUCAUCUAAGAAGACUUCUCAGCCAAAGGCUGAAAGUCCAAUCGACAAUUUCCUGAAAUCACUUGGACUUGAGAAGUAUUCUGUUAACUUCCAGGCAGAGGAGGUUGACAUGGCAGCCCUACGUCACAUGACUGAAAGUGAUCUCAAGGCCUUGGGUAUCCCGAUGGGUCCUAGGAAGAAGAUUAUUCUUGCAUCGGAACCCAGAGUUUAGGGCAAUGAGCAUGAAGGUACACUGUAGAAAAGCAGGGACAUGGGGUAGGUUUUGCUCAUCUGCAAGUUCAGCAUAUCUUGGAAAGGGUACAUGUACAACAAUGUGUGGUCUCUUGUAAUGGCAUGCAUCUGUCCUAACAUCAUGCAUCAAAUUUGUUUAGGUUGUUUAGAACAACAAGACGUGGUUCAGGAAGGAUGAUGCUGUAAGCUUAUUGGUCUGCUUGUCGGCUGUUAUUUAUAUGAUCUGCAUGAUUUGCUUGUCA